AGCGAGGCUCCCAGUAAAGUCCUGCCGUCUCCUCAGAUGCCUCCUAAACCCCUGGAGCCUCUGGCCAGGCGGCUGAUGAAGGGAGUGAUCGUGGUGGAGCUGCUGGGAGUGUUGGGGGCGUACGCUCUGUUCCACAGGAUGAACAACAGCCGAGAGUUCAGGAGCACCAUGAACGACAAGUUCCCUUCUGUCCUGGAAGGUAAGCAUGGAUCUGAGCGAGGUUCACGAACCGAUCGGUCCGGAGCCGUGACCCCGAUGCGUGGGGCCCCUAGAGCCAAACACCGUAUUGGUGCAGAAAGUCAUGUGACCGAUCCGACCGACUCACUAAACUGGGUUUAAAAACGUUUCUGUCAA